AUGUCUGCAAUCAGUGACGCUGAACUUUUGCGUAACGCUAAUGUUCGUCUAUGUCGAUUACGUGUUUGGCCAGAAUUCGAAGGACUUGGUUUUAAUCUUGAAGCAUCUACUCGACCACCACAUAUAAUUCGACUUGUAGAUUCCAAUAGUCCAGCUGCAGCUGGGGGUUUGAAAAUUCUUGAUGUUGUAUUAGCUGUUAAUCAAGAAGAUGUAUCAGAAGCUGAUUAUAAUCGUGUACGAAAUGCUAUUAAAACAGCUCGUGAUAGUAAUGCACCUAUUGAACUACUUGUUGUUGAACAACGUUUUUAUCAAAUGUUAAAGAAUAAAAAUCUAACAAUUAUUCCACAAAUGGCAACUAUUAUAAAUACACCAGCAACAAUGCCAAAUGAAUAUUUAAAUUUUCCUAAACAUACACCACGCACAUGUAAUAUACGUUUAGGUAAAAAUGAUUCAUCAUUUGGUUUUGAUGUUAUUAAUGGUGAAAAUGAUAUUGGUGCAUAUAUUCAAGAAGUAUUUCCAAAUACACCAGCUAGUAAUACACCAUUACGUAAAUGUGAUCGUAUUAUUGAAAUUGAUGAUAAAGAUGUUGAUAAAGAUAUAAGCAAGUCUAUAUUAGAAAAAUUAGAUAAAGCAAAAACAAAAGGUGCUGUUAAAUUAUAUGUUGUUGAUACUGAAACAUAUAAAUAUGCUCAAUUAAAUAAAAUACUAUUAAGAUCACAAGGACAACAUCAGAACCAAUUAACAGGUACAUUAUUACUAAAUCAAUAUCAUACAAAUAAACCCAUAUCUAAAAAAAUGACAACGGUUUAUGUGGAACCUUUUUAUUUAGCUUCACCUAUCAAUCAUGGUAAUCAAUCACCAUCAUCGAAUACAUCAACAAUUCGUGAGAUAGCAAAAGUUAUAACACCAAGUGUAGAUGAUCUCACACAAUCGACAAGAUCACAAGAACUACCAAUAAUUAUUCCUUCAUCAUCAAUACCAUUACGAAAUGAAAAUAUUCGUUUAUGUACUAUUUAUCGAGCUGAUCCUAGUGAUACAUUUGGUUUUGAACUUAAUUAUCAUCGUCGAGAGCAAUUUCAUUCAUUAUCUAUUAUACCUGGUCGAGAUAAUGGACGAUCAAAUGCUGAACUUGCUGGUAUAGAAACGGAUGAUCGUUUAAUUGAAAUCAAUGGUCAAAAUAUCCAAAAUUUGAGUCACGAGCAAAUAACACAACGUAUACGUGCUGUUAAACAUCCUGAUCCAUUAGAACUUCUAGUAACUGAUGUUUCAACAUUUGAAUAUUAUAAACAACAACAAAAAGUUAUUCACCGUGGUUUACCAAAUGUUAAAAUUAUGCCAACUAACAGAUCAAUGCAUUCACAAUAG